AUGAAACAGCUGUGGGGUACAGGCUGGCAGUGGGGCGGCUGCAGUGACAACGUGGGGUUCGGUGAGGCCAUCUCCAAGCAGUUUGUUGACACGCUGGAGACAGGCCAGGACGCACGGGCCGCCAUGAACCUCCACAACAACGAGGCUGGACGCAAGGCAGUGAAAGGGACUAUGCAGAAGACGUGUAAGUGCCAUGGUGUAUCUGGGUCCUGCACCACACAGACCUGCUGGUUACAGCUCCCAGAUUUCAGGGAGGUGGGAAACUAUCUGAAGGAGAAGUACCACCGAGCACUGAAGGUGGACCUGCUCCGGGGGGCCGGGAACAGUGCAGCCAGUCGAGGUGCCAUUUCCGAGACCUUCAGCUCCAUCUCUCGUAAAGAACUGGUCCACUUAGAGGACUCCCCAGACUACUGCCUGGAGAACCGUACCCUGGAACUGCCCGGCACAGAGGGCAGAGAGUGCCUGAAGAAGGGCAAGAGCCUAAAUAAGUGGGAGAAGCGUAGCUGCAAGAGGCUGUGCGAGGAGUGUGGUUUAGCCGUGGAGGAGAGGAAGGCGGAGUUGGUGUCGAGUUGCAAUUGCAAGUUCCACUGGUGCUGUGCGGUAAAGUGCGAGCAGUGCCGCAAGACAGUGACCAAGUACUUCUGCGUGAAGAAUGGGGCGCAGAGGGGCAAGAACGAGAGCGCAGGCAGCCGUAGGAAGAACCUGAGGCUGAGGAAGAAGCACUGAGCGGCAUCCAUCUUCCUCACCAUCAUCAUCAUCAUCACUGCCACACUCCAUGUCUUCUCACAAGCUGAUUUUCACAGACCUCUGUGCACCAAAGCUGUGCCCCUCUCAAACAUUUCUGCAACACGCUUUCUGCUUUUGUUCUAAAGACAUAAUUGAAAAUGUAUUUAUUGAAUAAGACUAGUAUUGUUAUUAUCCUAAUCAAACGUUUAAUAGUGGGGGAGAAAAUGUGUAAAAAAAACAUGUUGAUGAAACUACAUGAUAGAGAAAGGAGGGUAACUAUUACUUGUCUAGAACUGAUGGUAUACAUAUAUUUAACAGUAUAUAUUUUUACAACUUUUUUCCCCAAUUAUAUAUAAGUCAUUGGGCAUUUAAAGCAUGUUACAUACGGCCGCUCUGAAUAAUCUCCUUCAUAUUUGAUAGCUUGAACAACUCUUCCUAAAUGGUCAGUCCAUGGCAUACCUCAACAACAUCUUAUGUAUUGUCAUAUGUAUCACCAAUGAGCUAUGCCAUUUCUGAUUGGUCAGUUUAUCAGACAUUCCUUCCUGUCAUGAUGACAACUCCAGCCCAAGCUCUCACUACGUGUGGCAGUGCCCCCAGCCCUGACCAGCCCUCUCCAACCCUGACCAGCCCUCCCCAGCCCAGCCCAGCCCUCUCCUGCCCAACCCAGCACUGUCUUCCCCUCCCCUCCCCUCCCCUCCCCUCCCCUCCCCUCCCUUCCCUUCCCAGCCCUGCCUUAAGGAUGCAUUUCAUUGUAAAUAAA